AUGUGCAAGCAAACAAAAUCAGGGAGUGGUCACAGUGGCGAUGAUCUGAGGAAUCUUUAUUCAGAGGUUCUACAGUCCGACCGUGAGCUCAAGCAGCUGGUUGACGGAAUGCCGCGCUUCUUCAGACUCAAAGAAAAUCUUGAUGGUGAAACCCCGAGAAAUAUCGUCCAGCAAAAUCGCGUUCUCUCUAUAUCGAUCGCACACAAGGUAUGGCAUUGUUACCGAAAUCCGAUGAAUUGCAGUCCUUUGCUGAAUCUCAGAGACCAGUUCUACUGUAUUCAUCGUCAUUUUCAAAUAAUGAGCUUGAAAGACCCAUGGUUCGCAUAUACUAAAGUAUGUCAAGAUUAUUUCGAUAUCGCAUUCGAUCUAACACAAAAGCUUUCGAUCCAGGUCUCUUGCCUUCCACUCAUGCGUCGUUACCUUAUGGACUUCCUUUCGCUGCCCGAUCAUCCUGACACACAUAUCGUUAGCAAUCUAUGGACCGUGAAUGCACAGGUCUUGACAGCAGCGGUUUGGCUGCUAUUUGAACUGAUAUUUUCAAAGGACGAGAAUGAACAAAUUUUUGAAACGCAUGAAAUUCGAGAUCUGGCUUUGCGGAGCUUGCAGUUCUUGCAAGUUAACCAAAGCAAAAGCACUAUUGCUAAAAGAGGGGUCGGGCUCAUUGAAAGUUUACUGGAUACUGAGCAAGCCAUCAAGGCAGGUACUAGAAAGCAGUUCUCAUUAAAAGAGAUAAUAUCUCGGGUAGAAGUUGAGUCGGACUCGGGAUCGAAUGUGGCUAUGGAGCUUUCAUCUGAUCCAUGUGUUUCGCAUGUGUCAGAUCUUCUUUUGGGAGAUAACAUGGCCUGGGAAGACAUCUUCAGUGUAUUUGACAUGUGA